UCUCCCGAAUCCAAUCUGGUGCUUCCCGAGGAUUGGGGCGGUACUGGUGAUGGGCGGGACGGUGACGUCACUGCCUCUGGCCCCGGCCCCUUUCCGGCGCCUCCCGAUCGCGCUCGGGCAUUUCCGCGAGCGCCGCCGCCGGGGCCGAUUCUGGGCCGGGACCGGUGCCUGUCCCGGGGCUCCUUCGCCACCGGAGCGUCCCCAAGGUGUCCCCGCCGGUCACCAAUGAGCCAGCAGAACCAGAAGUUGCUGAAGGCGCUGGUGUCCGUGGUGGCCACCCUGGGCAAGGUGGCGGCCACCGUGACCGGGUCACACAGGGACGUGCGGCAGCGCGUGUCCCCAAAGUUCCUGCCCGCGGCCCUGAGGAGAUUCACCCAGAGCCUCCGUGAGACCCUGGACCAUGGCGAUGUCACCUCCAUGGGCCACCGUGGUGUCCCCUGCCUGGGCCAGGCCCUGGCCGCCCUCUUGGCCACCCCUGGGACCAACUGGGCCGAUGUGAGAGCCGCGGCCAAGGCCUGGCAGGAGUUGGUGGCCGCGCUCAGGGAGAGAUGGGACCGGCUGCAGGAGGAGGCCGAUGAGCUGCGCAAGACCUGCUGGGACGCGACACCCUUGUGGGCCAAGCACCUGUGGUUAAAGGCCACCUUCAGGGAGAGGGGACAACCUGGGGACAACCUGGAGGCCACACCCUGGUGGCUGCCGGUGACCCUGGACAGGGUCGAGGGGGCCUCGGCAGGGGCCACGCACAAUGCUCAGGUGGCAGCGGCCACCAGUGAGGAAGAGAAAGCUACCAGCAAGGCCAUGGAUGAGGCCAUGGUGGCCACCAGCCGGGCGAGGGCGGCCGCCUGGAGGGGACAUUGGGCAGUGGUGGCCCUGGCACCGCUGAAGCGUUUGGUGGACGCGUGUGAAAAAGCCAUCGAGUUCACCUGGGACAUGCAGACCCAGCUCGAGGAGAUUGAGGACACCCUGAAGUGGCCAGAGCAAAUGUCCCCCAAUAUCCUUGAGGCCUUGGUGGCCGACGUGGCUGAGUUUGAGCGUCUGUGGGAGGGCAGCGCCCGCCUGGCCUCGCAUCACCUGCUGCCGACACUGUGGGAUAUCCACAACCUCCUUUUGAGUCCCUAUGCUGGCCCAGGUGGCCCCGGUGGCCCGGGUGGCCCUGGCAGCCGCGCAGUGGCCAAGCAGUGCCAAAAAGCCAUCAAGGACAUCCCGAGGCUGCUGCAGAGACAGUGAUGUCACCACUGUAAUGUCGUUGGUGCAGUGAUGUCACUGGAGAGACUUGGGGGCAGUCGAGUGCCACCAGCUCCUUGAGUGCCACAGCACUGCGUGUCACCAAGAGCCCCUCGAGUGCCACCAGUUCCUCAAGUGCCACCAGCUUCUCGUGUCACCAAGAUCUCGUGCAGGAGAACCUGGGCGGUCCUUGUGCUACCAAGAGCCCCCUGAGUGUCACCAGGACUGACCCAGCCCCCGUCUGCGGGUCCCUGGUGUAACUGGGGUCUCUCUCUGUGUCAGACACUGCCCUUGGGCACCCAAUGGGACCCCGCUGAGCACCGGGAACCCCAAAUUUCACUGUCCUCAUGCACUGGGACCCCCUCUCAGGCAUCAGGACCCUCGAGUUUCUCCUCCCCCCUCCUCAUGCACCGGGACCACCAGAGACUCCCCCAACCCAUCAAUCAGUGUCGUCAUUGAGCACCGGGACCCCCCGCUCGAGCACUGACCCCCCACAUCGUGCACUGGGACAGCGGAGACCCCCCCACUGUCGCGAUCCGUCCCAGUGAACGGGUAACGCGGUGAUUUUAAGAUGCAAAAUAACCGACAAAGGCACAGGGGAUUUACAGUAACAAAACCAACAAAUGCAGUUUUAUUGAAAUAAC